AUGCCCAGCGCCAUCUACCAGCUGGAUGGAGAAGCCUCCCGCUGCUGCCCCCCGCCUGGCUUGGGCGGGCUGCUGACCCCCCACCAGAUCGCGCAGCAACCGGCUUGUUCCGGCAGCGGCUUCGCCCUGCCUGCCGGCCCCGAGCAGCCCAGCCUGGAGCCGCCUUCCCCGCCUCUCCUGCAAGAAGCCCAGGCGCCCCGAGACCCCGCGGCGGAGCUUUCCUUGGCCUUUGAGCAGCUUUCCAUCUUAGGGCUGGCGGAGGAGGAGGAAGAGGAGGAGGAGGAGGAGGAAGGAGAAGGCGGGAGAGAAAGGGAGGAGGAGGAGGCCAGGGAGGAUGGAGGACGACGAGGAGGAGGAGGAGGACCACGACCCGAGGACGACCUGAUGGAGGCAGGUGAUCCAGGUGGGCUGGACCCCUUCAGCUACCAUGGGCUUCCCCCGCUGGCAGCAGCGCCGCCCGCAGGUGGUGGGGGCCUGGUCCUGCUGGAGGCCGAGGGCAGCCCCCCAGCCUCCAACUGCGCCUCCCCCGUGGAGAUCCUCGGGGCCUUCCCGCCCCACCUGGGACACCCCGCUCCGCCACAGCACCCCCUGCUGGCCGGGCAACUGGGCAUCAUCGGCAGCCGCAAGAAAAGUGUCAACAUGACGGAAUGCGUCUCGGUGCCCAGCUCGGAGCAUGUGGCAGAAAUCGUGGGCCGUCAAGCAAAGGUAUAAAGAGAAUUCGCAAGUUUCAGUGGACAAAGAUGAGCGUCUGAUGGGCCGAAUCUUGAACUGAUGCUCUCCUAUCUUCCUUUGCCGGUUUUUACAUUUCAAAACUACCACAAUACAUGGCAAAAUAUAUUGUAGGAAAAUGUACCUUCCUUUUUUUCCAAAGCUGAAACAUUUUAAGGCGUUCUCCAAGCAUCUAAAUAAGAAUUACUCCGCCUCUUUGUUUCUAGCCAGCCUAAGUUGUUGUGAAACAUUUUUGUAUUGUUAAAGUUCGUAAUUUUGGGGUCUGUAUCAGUCUUUCUCCCCUUGUCAAUGGGGCACAUAUCUGCCCUAUUGUUCGCUUUGUUAGCUGAGACCAUGCUGUGUUGAGCGCGGUGACAUCACGCUCCUUGUAUCCUAUUGGAUAAUCCUGGAAGUACCCCCCCCUUCCCCUCCCGCCCCUCUUUGGCCACGCCCAAUUUAUAUUAGGCCAUGCAGCUCUCUUUCCAACUUUUUUUCUGCUUCUCCUGUCUUAGCAGCAAUCAGGGUUUAAUUCCUCAAGAAGGCAACCUGAGGUUUUUACUGUCCAAUCAGGUAAAUCUUCUCACUAUCUCUUUAACACAUAGUGAUUGGUUAGUGGUGGAUAAAAACAGUGUUUGCUCAGAUAGCUUUUUAUGGUCUACACUGCUUGUAAAUAGCAACGUUGACCAAAUAGAUUUUGAUUAAAGCAGUAUUGCCUUGAAAGAUUUUUUAAAAAAACUG